CUCCGGCUGCGGCCGCCGCAGGCAGGAGGAGACGCCGCCGCCGCUUUGCCGAGCCUCGCCCGCUUCGUGUGGCCGCGGCCGGGCGGAGCGGCGGGAGCAGCAUGAGCGGCGGCGGGGCCGGCCGGAGCGGGGCGGCGCUGCGGCUGCUGGCGGCGCUCGGCUGCGUCCUCACGGCGGAGGCCCAGCUCACAGGAGUCCUAGAUGAUUGCUUGUGUGACAUAGAAAGCAUUGAUGACUUCAAUACUUUCAAGAUCUUCCCCAAAAUACAGAAACUGCAAGAACGUGAUUACUUCAGAUAUUACAAGGUCAAUCUAAAGAGACCAUGCCCAUUCUGGGCAGAUGAUGGCCAUUGUUCUAUCAAAGACUGUCAUGUAGAGCCUUGCCCUGAGAGCAAAAUACCCGUUGGAAUUAAAGCUGGGAGCUCUAAUAAAUAUUCAAAAACAGCAAAUCAUUCCAAAGAAUUGGAAGACUGUGAGCAAGCUAACAAACUGGGAGCAGUUAACAGUACCUUAAGUAACCAAAGUAAGGAGGCUUUCAUUGACUGGGCAAGAUACGAUGAUUCACAGGAUCAUUUUUGUGAACUUGAUGAUGAGAGGUCUCCAGAUGCACAGUACGUGGAUUUGCUGCUGAACCCAGAACGUUACACUGGCUACAAAGGGCCCUCUGCUUGGAGAGUGUGGAACAGCAUCUAUGAAGAAAACUGCUUCAAGCCUCGAUCUGUCUAUCGCCCUUUAAAUCCACUGGCACCUAGUAGGGGAGGAGAUGAUGGAGAAUCUUUCUACACAUGGCUAGAAGGUCUUUGCCUUGAGAAAAGAGUGUUCUAUAAACUCAUUUCUGGGCUUCAUGCUAGCAUCAACUUGCAUCUGUGUGCCAAUUAUCUUCUUGAAGAAACCUGGGGGAAGCCUAGCUGGGGACCGAAUGUGAAAGAGUUCACUCGCCGCUUUGACCCUAUUGAAACAAAAGGAGAAGGACCAAGAAGGCUUAAAAAUUUGUAUUUCUUGUAUUUGAUAGAGCUGCGUGCUUUAUCAAAGGUUGCACCAUACUUUGAGCGUUCGGUUGUUGACCUUUACACAGGAAAUGGCCAUGAGGAUGCUGAAUCUAAAGCGCUCUUACUAGAAAUCUUCAGGGAUACAAAGUCCUUCCAUAUGCACUUUGAUGAGAAGUCCAUGUUUGCUGGAGAUAAAAAAGGAGCCAAGUCAUUAAAGGAAGAGUUCAGAUUGCAUUUCAAGAACAUAUCCCGCAUAAUGGAUUGUGUUGGAUGUGAUAAAUGCAGGCUGUGGGGCAAACUGCAGACUCAAGGCUUAGGAACUGCUCUGAAGAUUUUGUUUUCUGAGAAAGAAAUACAGAACCUUCCUGAGAAUAGCCCAUCAAAAGGCUUUCAACUCACACGUCAAGAAAUAGUUGCUCUUGUGAAUGCCUUUGGAAGGCUUUCCACAAGUAUAAAAGAGUUGCAGAAUUUUAAAGUUUUAUUGCAACGAACUAGGUAAUGAAGGCCUUUGCACAAACCGCUAGUGAAGACCAUUUGCAGGACUGCACUGAGCAGAAGGAACUGAUCCUUACAGGACUCACAUGAACUGAUAAAAAGUAAAAUCAAAUACCAACUUGAAUAUUUAUGUUGAAACUAGGAAUGGUUGUUAAUUAGAAAAGAUAUUUAUGAAUGAAGUAUAUAGUUUUUAAAUGUGUAAAUUAUGCCAAUCUGUUUAAUUUUCAGUUCUCUGCUCACAGUUCUAUUGUACUGACACAUCAUAAAUUUUCUUUUUCUUGUCUUUGAGACAGUUGUUUUAUAUGAAAACACAGGUACCUCAAUCCUGACUUGGCCUGUCCUAAGUGAGGUGGUUCACCCCUCACCUCUCCCCAGUACUGAGCUUCAGUAAGUUCUGAGGACUGAGUAUGCUGAUUCUGGCUGUCUAAAAGUAAAACCAGAAAAGGAAAUAGGGCUCUUGUUGAGUUCUGUCUUCUUACUGUAAUUAUGAAACUUUUAAAAAUAGGAAAAUUACUGAACAGAAAAUUUUACUUUGUACCAAGCUCCUUUGCAAUAUGCUGAUACCAAUUUUAUUCCUUACAUGCUGCUUUUCAUAAGUUCCUAUUUUCUUUAAAAUAACCACCUUCUCUCUGAUACAGCACAGUUGUAAGUGACUCUUCUUCACCCCCUUGGCAAUCUACAUUCACUUCAGGGGUGAGAGGGAAGGGCACGGAGAGAUGGCUAGUGGAGCUUUGCUAGCUAAGUCUGUCAGGUUUGCAUCUAGUCCAUUUUAUCUUCUAGAUGGUAAUCACAAAUUCAGUCUCCAGAAAUUGUCCUUUUAAUGUCUAAGAUAUUAAAAACAGCACAUUUUGCUCUUUGAGCAGUGGGAAUAUAUUUGCUUGUAAUGGUUUAUGUUUUAGUUGUGUGCUAAAAGGUCAGUGCAAAAAGAAAAAACUUUUUAUAGUCACUUUAAAAAAAAAAGUCUUUUUAAAAUUCAUAAUCAUACUGACAUUUAAUAUCACAUACUCUAUCUAUGCAAUCCCUAACUGUACCUUCUUAAAAAGGAUAUUCAGCAUAAUAAAACGGGUAUGUUAAUAAUGUAACUUUCAUAAAACAUGAAAUUACUUGUGUAAUCACAGUCCACAAAUGUUAAUGAUAAUUUAUCAUUGACCAAGACGUAAUUCAGAAGCAGUACUACUGAUUAGUAGUAACCAAGUGUUGGUUUAAAUUUAAAAUGAAGAAAGUUUGUUUUUUUAAAACCAGCGUGUUUCAAAGUAUAGUUAGGAGUUAUGAAUGUAGGAAGUGCUGGUACAGUGUAGAUACCUUUUUUGUUAUUUUUUUUUUUAAUUCAGCAAAUAAAGUGCUCUUAAACAUUUUUCAUUCUACCAGAUCUUUAGUGACCUGUUUAUCUAAUUUAUUGUAACAAUACUGGCUUCCAUGAUGUGGUCCUUUACAGCAGAGAUUUUCCUGAAAGAUGGAAUAUGCUCUAUGUCCUUCGUUUCUAGACAAGCCUCAAAUUUCUACCAGACUGGAAAUGAGAGACUAUUGUGCUGGCACUUAUACUAAGAGUACUGUUUCCUGAGAAAGUAAACCCUCUUGAGUCAAACUGGGGUAAGCUAAAUGAAAGAAAAAAAAAUGGUAGUUGCACAAAUUGGCAACUGUCCAAUCUGUAGUUCCUAUAUAAGCCAGUAAAUAAAAUCAACGUGGUGUUAGAGAAAGGUAAUGCCAGCCUGGGGACGUUAUGUUCUUAUGCAGCAGCCUCUCGUGCUUCUGUGGGCACCAAUGGCUGAGCAAAUCACCAUGGGAAGUCACCAUGGGCUCCCUUUCUGGUUAGUGGAGAAGAGCAGCUGAUUUCAAGGUGGAUUCAUCUCACCUUUUCUAAGGUUGGUAUCUGUAGUACCUGAAUACCCUAGGAUACCAUAAUUUGCACCCUGGAGUUUAUUUCUGUAUUCAACUAAAAUGAAAAUCUAGGUCUUUGCUUUAAUGUGAACAACUGUAUUUGGUAAAACGAGUUACAUAUGCCCUGAGUAUCGAAGUCUUCUGAGUUAUAUAUAUAUUGAAGGAAUGUAUUUUUUCAGCUGGCCAUUUAUUUCUUCCAUUUCGGGUUGACCUGCAAGGGCUAGAACCUGUAGGCUCACUCGCGUGAAGAAUCCUGUACCGCUAAGUUCAACUGUAUUAUAUAUCAUAGUGCCUAAGCUUUAGGCAGGAUUUUCUAGCUUAAAAAAAGUCUACAGUGCGCCAGGAAGGACCUGAGUCUAGACUAGAUUUUCCUUUCCCCCUCACCUUUGUUUUCUGGGGAAAGUGAAUUGCUUCCAACCUUCUGGGGAUGCAGUUUAUUCUUUUCUUCCACCUGUGCCUGGCUAAAAUCCAUGGACGCUGAAGCAGUAUCGCAUGCUAGCGACAUGUACUUGCUUAUGGGACAGGUGAGAGAUUCAGACAUACAGAUCCUGCACACCUGCUCCGUAGACAUUUCAUUGGCACAAUCCGGCAAGGUUCUUACCGCUGGGUGAGGACAAAGAGAUGGCAAGUUUAUCUUCUCUUUCUGUAUGCCGUGAUAAAAACAGGAGCGCAACUGAACUAGGUAGUUCUGUGUACAGAGAGGUUCUGUUGCAUUUGAAGGUACAUCUCACUUGGUGAUCAAAUAUGGGAGGCAUUUCACUUCACUGUUGUAGAAAUACAAGAUUUUUUUCCUGUUACGAAUCUAGUUGAAACAAAUUUCCUGUCACCUACCUUUUUUUUACAGUAUUUGAUGUAUAUUCUGUGACUAUGCUGCCUCUGAGGUUUUGCCACGUGAGUUGGAUGACAUAGGUCUUUACAUGUAAAAUUAAGUUUCAGAAAAUGACAGAUCUGUUUUUAUACUAAAGAAUAAGGUUAGUUACGGCGUCCCUGAGCUGUCAACUAUUUUAAAUUCCAGCCUAUUGGAGAUCAGCUUGUCAACAUUGUCUGCCGUUGAUUUCAGAGUAAAAUUACAUUUCCUUGUACAAAUGACACAAUGAUUGUAAUCACAGCAGUAGCAAGAAGACAAAAAUGUUUCAUUGUUCCGAAGCCAUGAGGACUUGAGUGAAACAUUUAAAGACUUGGUCCAAACUGCAUAGGCAAAAUGUAGGGCACUGUUGCUGAACAACUUGCUCCUGAGUGCCAGAGAAGGAAGGUGAGAAUGCAGUUUUAAAACAGUGAAGUAUACAGAUUAUGUAAGCUGGAAUAAUAAGUGUGUUCCUACUUCAGCUGGUGAUUUGUGCUGUAUGUCAUUGUAUAUGCAUGAAAUACUGUGCCACACUUUCUGGAGUUGUGUUUUGAUGAUAGGGUCACCUUUAUCUGACCUUGCUUUGUGCUUUCCUGGGAAAUUACCUGUAAUAUGUUGUAAAUAAUCUAGAUGCUUAUGUUUAUAAACUAGCAAUCUGGCAAUUCAUCACUUUACAAUUCCUUCCUAUAUCUAGCCUAUUAAAAUGUAAUAUUUAUUAAAAUCAAAAUCCAUGUUGGAACUGCUUACUGAGAUCUAAACACUUCUGAAUCUUUGCUAUGUUUGACUAUAAAAUACAAAUUAAAGUAUUUUCUGCUA